AUGUCGGAAGAGGACAAGGAGCUCUUGGCGCGUAUCGGCCAGCUCGCAGGCCAAAUCAACCGACACAAGAACCAGCAAGCCGGCUACCAGUCUGUGCCAUCAUCGCAUCACCUACAUCGCCAUCGAGGAAAUGUCUAUCGCCAAGCAAGCGCACCAUAUCCCAGCAGAGGGUAUAGCAGCCGGCCAGCGGCCACUCACCGCCACAGGACUCUGCAUCUUAACGCUUCAGGAUCUGCCUCUGGAUCAGCUUCCAGCUCGGCCGCGCCCAGUCCCGCUCCUACAACCUCGGGCUGGGUAUCCAAGAACGACCGCCACCGCCAACUCAUAAACGCCAGUAUCUACGAGAAGGAUAGCCAAAAUCGGGCCAAAGCUAUCGAAGAGACGCGGCAACGAAACCUCAAGGAGCGGCGCCUUCGAGAGAAGAAACGAUUCGGCGACUAUCUUCGCCAUCAAGCCGGGGUUGCGGGUACGAGCAUGAGCGCUAACUCGACAGGUGUGAAUGAAAUCCCGGUCAACGGCAUUCGCUUCCGCGUUCUAGACGGAGGAAAGAAGCUUGUAAAAGCUCCUGGUGAGUCAUGCGUCACUGUCUGUCGUUUUCUUGCCACUAUUGCUCACGAGAGACUUUCAGACGAUCCCGCCUCCCCUGCCAUGACGCCAAAAUUGACUAUCAUUGCCGGCGUCAAGUUCCAUCGUACCAAGACCGGAAACCUUGUCGCACAGAGGAUAAUUAGAGACCAUCGUCGAUCCGGUGCGGUUAAAAAACUUGAUCAACGGUGCAAAAUCUUUUCCACGACCGGUUCUUGUCCGAAAGGCCCAAGCUGCCGAUACAUUCACGACCCUGACAAGGUGGCCCUCUGCAAAGAUUUCUUGAAAGACGGCAAGUGUCCCAAUGGCGAGGCAUGCGACCUCUCCCAUGCGCUUACUCCAGAACGUGUCCCGAACUGCUUGCACUAUGCCAAGGGGCAAUGCUCCCGGCCUGACUGUCCCUUUACUCACUCCAAAGCCUCCCCAAGUGCGCCCGUGUGCGCGGCAUUUGGAUUCUGCGGUUACUGUGACAAGGGUGCAGACUGCACCGAUCGCCACGUCUUUGAAUGCCCCGACUUUAGCAAUACCGGUAUCUGUAAAACCAGGGGAUGUAAGCUGCUCCAUCGCGAGAGGGCAAGCGUCCUCCGCAACCAAGCCAAGCAGCGUGACGAGGACGACGACGUCUCCAGCGAAGAUGAAUCGGUCGAUUCAGACGAUGUCGACUCGGACGAAGUAGCCGAGUUUCUUGAGGGCGACGAUGAUGACUCUGACUUUGAGAACCCAAAGGACUACCUCCCCCUCUAG